GAAAUGUAUGAAAUAUAGCCUUACUUUCCGUCUUACUUUCCAUCUCUCUCGAGCUUUGGCAUGGUUCGCCUUUUUAUCUGUACGUACAGUAAAUGCAAGUAGGUGUUGUAGGCUUGUAGCUGUGGAGUGGUGCGGGUGAAAUGAGCGCCGGAGCUUACGGUAGCAAAUUCCACAAAAGACGUCAGCAUCGCGCCCUCUGCUUGGCCUCCUUUCCUCCCCAUUCGCGUGCCCUCCUUUUGCGCGCACUGAGAUGCGUCGAAGACGAAGCUCGGUUCUGGGUGUUUAAGCGAAAUAUACAUUAUGAGGAGCGUAAGUUUGAGGCAAUGGGCAGUGGCGUUUGCAUCUGGAAAUGAAGGAGAGACAGCGUUGGAGAGCUGAAGAGGACGCUUUGUUACGUUCCUAUGUCAAACAAUAUGGCCCUAGGGAGUGGAAUCUUGUGUCACAGCGCAUGGACACACCCUUAAACAGGGAUGCCAAAUCCUGCUUAGAAAGGUGGAAGAACUACCUCAAACCUGGAAUAAAGAAGGGAUCCCUCACUGAGGAGGAGCAGCGUCUUGUUAUCCGUCUUCAAGCAAAACAUGGCAACAAAUGGAAGAAAAUUGCAGCUGAAGUCCCGGGUCGUACUGCUAAGAGACUAGGCAAGUGGUGGGAAGUGUUUAAGGAGAAGCAGCAGAGAGAGCAAAAGGAGAACAACAAGGCAAUUGAACCCAUCGAGGACAACAAAUACGAUAGGAUCCUUGAGACUUUUGCAGAGAAGUUAGUGAAAGAGCGUGCUGCCCCAGCAUAUCUCAUGGCCACUUCCAAUGGCAGUUUUCUACAUGCUGACCCACCUGCUCCUGCACCAGCAUUGUUACCUCCAUGGCUUUCUAAUUCCAAUGGCACCUCCACAGUCAGGUCACCUUCCCCUUCUGUAACCCUCACCCUCUCUCCCUCAACAGUUGCUGCCCCUCCACCGAUCCCAUGGUUGCAGCCUGAUAGAGGACCGGAUAGCACUCUUGUUUUCUCGAAUUUGCCGCCUCAAGCAUCAGUCCCUGUUUGUGGAGAGAGCAUGUUGAUAUCAGAAUUAACAGACUGUUGCAGAGAUUUGGAAGAAGGACACCGUGCUUGGGCAUCACAUAAGAAGGAAGCAGCCUGGAGGUUAAGAAGGGUAGAGCUGCAACUGGAAUCAGAGAAGGCAUGCCGGAGGAGGGAAAAGAUGGAAGAGAUUGAGGCAAAGGUGAAGGCUCUCAGGGAAGAGCAGAAGGUUGCUAUGGAUAGAAUUGAAGCAGAAUACCGGGAACAAUUAGCGGGACUGAGGAGGGAUGCAGAAGCCAAGGAGCAGAAGUUGGCUGAACAAUGGGCUGCAAAGCACUUGCGUCUUUCCAAAUUUCUUGAGCAGAUGGGCUGCAGACCAAGGCUUGCAGAGCCUAAUGGCCGAUGAGGAAGAUCUAUAUACACAACACAAUGGGGUUGGUUGUAACAUGUUUAUCUGAAUCGUCGUAUGCUUACCUUGUUUGCUUGAUCAUGUGUCCAUACUGCUCUGAUAUUCUAUUAUAUAGGUAAUACGCGUCUUUAUCUUGCACUGUCUAUUUAUUGGCUGGACCGACUGAAUGAAUGUAAGGCAGCAUUUGCUGAACCUGGGUUUACUUGCAUUUUCCUUUUUCUUUUUAGCUGUACAUUAUAAUUAUAUUCGCAUUGUUGCUUUUCUUUCCCGUGUCUUGGGCGAAAACUCA